AUGGAUGGUUUCCACUCAGAUAAAAUCCAAAACUCUGAGACCUUCAGAGAGUCUGUGGAGCUGCUGAUGACCUUCAGAUCCUCAGGCGGCCUCUGCUCUCUGACCAUCGACAAAGCUCUGCCUGAGGAUGAAGGCCAGUAUAAAUGCAGAGCAGAGAGCUCAGCUGGCAGAGCAGAGUGUUCCUGCAUGGUUCUAGUCGACGAUCCACCAGAAAACUCCCCGACAGACAAGAAGUCGAAGAAGGCAGCUCCCACCUCUGAGAGUGAAGCCAGGAUAAAGAAGCCAACUCCAAAAACUCCUCCUAAACAAGCUCUGCCGCCUCAAAUCGUGCAGUUCCCAGAAGACAUGAAGAUCCUUGCAGGAGAAAAGGUGGAGAUCCUCUGCAAGUUCUCAGGAGCUCCGCCCCUCACCUGCACCUGGCUGAAGUUCAGGAAACCGAUCCAGGAAGGCUCCUCGGACAUCUCCAUAGAGAACAGCGACAGCAGCAGCAAGCUGACCAUCAGCAGCGGGCAGCAGGAGCACUGCGGCUGCUACACCGUGGAGCUGAAGAACAGCUACGGCCUCCGACAGGCGGCGCUCAACCUCACCAUCGUUGAUAAACCCGACCCCCCGGCCAAGGUCCCGGCAGCCUCGGACAUCCGGCGCUCCAGCCUGACCCUGUCGUGGUACGGACCGACCUACGACGGGGGCAGCGCCGUGCAGACCUACCACCUGGAGAUCUGGGACUCUGUGGAGCAGCAGUGGAAACAGCUGGUUUCCUGCAACAGUACCUCCUACAACGUCCAGAACCUUCUCCCAGAGCGACAGUACAAGUUCCGAGUCCGAGCUCAGAACAUUUAUGGGAUCGGAGAGCCGAGUGCCGAGUCUGAACCUGUGACAGUGGGACUGGUGGACGACGACAACCAGGAGGAAGUGGAGGUAGAGGAGGAUGAUGAAGAAAAAGAACCAGAGUACAGAGACGUGAUCAUCAGAACCGACGUGAAGGUGAAGGAGAUGUACGACGUGGAGGAGCGGCUGGGAACGGGGAAGUUCGGUCAGGUCUUCAAGCUGGUGGAGAAAUCCACCAAGAAGGUUUGGGCCGGAAAGUUUAUCAAAGCGUACUCGGCCAAGGAGAAGGAGAACGUCCGGCAGGAGAUCGGCAUCAUGAACAGCCUCCAUCACCCCAAACUGGUGCAGUGUGUGGACGCCUUCGAGGGCAAGUCGGACAUCGUCAUGGUGCUGGAGAUGAUCUCAGGCGGCGAGCUGUUUGAGCGAAUCAUCGAUGAAGACUUUGAGCUGACAGAGAGGGAGGUGAUUAAAUACAUGCUGCAGAUCAUCGACGGCGUCAACUUCAUCCAUAAACAGGGGAUCGUCCACCUGGACCUCAAACCCGAGAACAUCAUGUGUGUCAACAAGACCGGCAGCAAGAUCAAACUCAUCGACUUCGGCCUGGCCCGCCGGCUUGAAAACGCUGGAACUUUGAAGGUUCUGUUUGGGACUCCAGAGUUCGUGGCUCCUGAAGUGAUCAACUAUGAAGCCAUCAGUUACCCCACAGACAUGUGGAGCAUAGGAGUCAUCUGUUACAUCCUGCUCAGCGGUCUCUCUCCAUUCAUGGGCGACAACGACAACGAGACUCUGGCCAACGUCACCUCGGCCACCUGGGACUUUGAGGAUGAGGCCUUUGAUGAAAUCUCUGAGAACGCCAAAGACUUCAUCACCAACCUGCUAAAGAAGGACAUGAAGGCUCGGCUGAGCUGUCCUCAGUGUUUUGAACACCCCUGGCUGAAACAGGACACCAACACCAUGAAGACCACCAAGCUGUCCAAGGAGAGGAUGAAGAAGUACAUCCUGAGGAGAAAGUGGCAGAAAACGGGUCACGCCGUUCGAGCUAUCGGCCGACUCUCCUCUAUGGCCAUGAUGGCUGGCGUCAGCGCCAAGAAGGGCUCGCCCACCGAAGAGGAUAAUCAGUUCCUGGAGUGUUUGGAGUAUGAACAGAAGACUGAGUGUAAACCCACCUUUACCUCCGUCAUCAAGGAUGUAGAGGUGGUGGAGGGCAGCGCUGCUCGCUUUGACUGCAAGAUAGAAGGAUACCCUGACCCUGAGGUGGUUUGGUACAAAGAUGACCAGCCAAUCAAAGAGACCCGACACUUCCAGAUCGACUACGAUGAGGAAGGAAACUGCAGUCUGGUCAUUUCAGAGGUUUCAGGUGACGAUGAUGCCAAGUACAUGGUGAAAGCUGUCAACAGUCUGGGCGAAGCAACGUGCACAGCUGACCUGCUGGUAGAGGUGAUGGCUGAAGAGGAGGAGGAAGAGGAGGAGGAAUGAAGAUCCGUGUAGGACGAGUCACGGGGCCGCUGAUCCUCAGCCUGUCAGACCUGAGCAGGAGAAAUUUUACCCACGGUGGUAGGGGGUGUUGAAGGUGCAGGUGGGCGGAGUUUCACUGAAGGUUUGAUCCUGUUAUCAGGCUGUGAUAUAAGAAUCAUCCCAUGCAUCAGGAAAUUAUUAAGUUAAGUUUCCCUCUAAAAACCAACAUGAUAAAGGAUCAGGAUACGAUUCAGUCUUUACCCACAAUGCAUCCUGAGACCCCUGGUGGAUUUGCAAAGGAGAAAACAUAUUCAUACAGUGUUAGCUAAAAAAAAAAAAAGGUUUAGAUAAACAGAAGUAAAGUAAUAAAUGAUGGUAACUGAACACAGAAAUCAUAAUUUAAUGAUUCAGUCUAUGAGCACUUAAAGCAGUAAUGAUGUUGGUCUGGAGGGUUCAAAGAUUCAGGAUAAUUCAGCCAUUAGUGAGAUAAAACAUCAUGAUGAUGGAGGAACGAUCCGCUGGAACCACCGACUGUUGGAAAUUAUAUCAGAGCAAAAUAGCAAAUAAUUUGACUUUAAUGUCAGUAGAUUUUUCUUCUAUUGUUUUAACAAAUUGUCUCUGUAGUUAAUUGGACUCCAUUAGAAAUGUUAUUUCUCAAUAAAUGAGGCUCCCUUUGGCAGAGAAAUGCCUUCAUGGAUGGAGAAGCAGAGCUGGGUUUAUGGACGGAUGCUGAAGAGAUGACGGAACAACAGGUGAACGCUGUUAGUUAAAUACAUUCAAUAGACUUAUUUUAUCAACCUUGUCUUUGGUGAAUUAUAGCAAACAGCAGGAUAAGAUUUUAACCCAAACACUCAACUCUGCUGCUUACAGAUUAAUUUCCCUACAAAUGUGGCUCCAUUUCAGGAGAAAGAAAUUAAAACCAAACUUGGGCUCAGUAUUAAUUAAGCUGGACCAGUUUAGGAUGGGGAUCAGCAUCAUUCGCCCUUUAUUAGAUCUUUAGUACUUUUUUAUUUUGAGCUUCUUUAACCAUUGUUCAAUGCUCUGCAAAACUUGAAAUAUAAGUUAAAAAAAAACGUUUUUAAUAACUGUAUUUUUCUUUAAUUUUUGAAUUUAAUGAUUUGCCGGUGGAAUCAAAAGAUUUACAUUUUAAAUUAGAAAUAAACAGACAUCUCCAUUAUCUUACU